AUGAUUUAUAACUACGAAGAAAAAGAUGUAAAAAAGAACGAAGUAGAAGGAAGUGCUAGAAAAUGGCUGCCGGAGAGAAGGAAUGAACAAAAUCUAGACAGGGUCCAAACUGGGACUGAAUCAGAAAAAGAUAUGGAAAAUAUGAAACGAAGCGCAGAAGAUCGCAAAAAGAUGCCUGCCUCAAACUGGAAGCGAAGUGAGGACGUAAAGCAGAGCGAAACGCAAGCAAAUAUGGGGCAAAAUGCGCGAAAGUAG